CUCGCGAUCAUGAAGGAAAAGUCGAAAAACGCGGCGAGGACCCGGAGGGAGAAAGAAAACAGUGAAUUUUACGAACUGGCCAAGCUGUUGCCGCUGCCCUCCGCCAUCACCUCCCAGCUGGACAAGGCUUCCAUCAUCCGCCUGACCACGAGCUACCUGAAGAUGAGGAUCGUUUUUCCAGAAGGUCUGGGGGAGUCCUGGGGUCACGUGAGCCGCACCUCUUUGGACGGAGUCAGCCAAGAACUGGGUUCUCACCUCCUGCAGACUCUAGACGGCUUCAUCUUUGUGGUCGCUCCAGACGGAAAAAUCAUGUACAUUUCAGAAACUGCCUCUGUGCACUUAGGUCUCUCCCAGGUAGAGUUAACUGGAAACAGCAUUUAUGAAUACAUCCACCCGGCCGACCACGACGAGAUGACCGCAGUGCUCACGGCUCACCAGCCCUACCACUCGCACUUUGUACAGGAGUACGAGAUGGAGCGAUCCUUUUUCCUCCGAAUGAAAUGUGUUUUGGCCAAAAGAAACGCAGGGCUCACGUGUGGAGGAUACAAGGUGAUCCACUGCAGCGGGUACCUGAAGGUGCGCCAGUACAGUCUGGACAUGUCUCCGUUCGAUGGCUGUUAUCAGAACGUGGGGCUGGUGGCGGUGGGUCACUCUCUGCCUCCGAGCGCCGUCACAGAAAUCAAACUGCACAGUAAUAUGUUUAUGUUCAGGGCCAGUCUGGACAUGAAGCUCAUCUUCCUCGACUCCAGAGUGGCAGAGCUGACCGGGUACGAGCCUCAGGACCUCAUCGAGAAAACCCUGUACCACCACGUCCACAGCUGCGACUGCUUCCACCUGCGCUGUGCCCACCACCUCUUGCUGGUGAAGGGCCAGGUCACCACCAAAUACUACCGCUUCCUGUCCAAACACGGCGGCUGGGUUUGGGUGCAGAGCUACGCCACCAUCGUCCACAACAGCCGCUCGUCCAGACCUCACUGCAUCGUCAGCGUCAACUACGUCCUCACGGACACAGAGUAUAAGGGCCUGCAGCUGUCUCUGGACCAGAUCUCGUCCAAGUCUUCGUUCCCCUUCAGCAGCAGCAGCUCCACAGACCGGACCUCCAGAGGAAGAGUGUCCCGACCCAAAACUAAAGCCAGACUCUCCCCGUACACUCAGUUUGGGGGUUUCCAGGCGGAGCGCUCAGAGUCGGACAGAGACAGUCCGUGGGGGAGCAGUCCUCUCACAGACUCGGCCUCGCCUCAGCUUCUGGACCACGGUGAAUCCAUGGACUCCUCCUGCGUCUUCAGACAGUUCACCGACCCCAGGAGCCUGUGCUACGGGCUGACGGAGGAGCAGUACCACCCCCAUCCAGAGGGGCACUCACACCACCUACACUCACAUCCACAGGGUCACGCGUGCGACAGGGGGCGCUGUGAGGCGGGCCGGUACUUCCUGGGUCCUCCCCCCGCGGGCAGAGAGUCGUGGUGGGGCGUGGGCCGGUCUGUUCUGGGGAAAGACUCGGCGGAGGGAUACGACAGCAGCCUGCCUCACCUCACCGCAGUGCACAGCUACCACGGUCGCGGUCACUGGGACGAGGACAGCGUGGUGAGUUCUCCUGAAGGGGGCUCCACCAGCGACUCCAGCCCCCCGCAGCCGCCCAGCCGAAUCCAGAGCCUCAUCCGCGCGACGCAGCAGAUGAUAAAAGAAGAAGAGAGCAGGCUUCACGUGCGCAAACUCACUCAGGACGUCCCCCUCGGCCCCGCCAACGGCCUCCCCAAAGCCCCCUGCUACGCCCCCGACUACCCGCCCGCCCCGUUACCCCUACAGACGAUGGUGUGCCGAGGGCUGAGCCACGUGGUCAGCCCCAACGCCAGCCCCGCUCCACUGUCCCGACUCAGCAGCCCCGUCUCCAAACCAAAAGACUACCAUCAAAGUGACUUAUCUCCGUCCAUCUCUCUACCGCUGCAUCAUUCGUUUGCCAGAUCGGGGCCGUGUUCGGGAUCGCCCACCCCGGCACCCGCCCUGUACCCGUCGCACCCGCACGCCCACAAGCACCUGCCGUAUUCUCUCAACGGGUACGCCCUGGACAGUAUCUACGACGCGGACUCGCUCAGAAGUUCCACGCACUUGGAGAUGGGCGCUCACGCACGGUUAGCGUCGGAGCAAAGCCAAGCACUUAAAGGGACUUCGGUAAUUAUCGCCAACGGCAGCUAACAGCUAACUGCAAACGGCGAACGACUUGUCAGAAUAUGUGAAACGGCUAGAAAUCUGUUGGGUCAUGAAAACUUUCCAAAAAAGAAACAUCAACAUGAGUUAAAAUUAGUUGACAUUUUUUAAUUUAUUUGAAUUUAAGAUUGUUUCAUUUCAUUUUUACUCUCAAAAUAGUUUUUAAAAUACGUUUUGAAGCUGGGGUACCCGAUUGUUUCUGAUAAAUGAGAGCAUCGAGUUUAGUGAAAGCAGCACCUGAAUAAAUCUGAUCACGACUCAUAUUUGGAUCUAAGACUAUGUUCAGACUAGGGAUGGGCAUGAUUAAUCGAUUAAUCGAUAAUUGAUCAUUAAGAAUUUCAUCGAUUACGUAAAUUUUAAUCGACAAACCGAAUGUAGGUUGCUGUGCGUAGCGUUGAGUGACCAAACAGGUCUGUACAUGUGUCUCUCUGCACUCAGUAGGAGCGAGCAAACACAAACAGUAGGUCAGCCUGUAGCGUGCCAAAGCACAAAUGUGUAUUUAACGAUGACUUGUACAAGAAAUUCCACGCUCUCUGUUGCGUUCGGGACAAGUGUGAGUCCAUGUGCACAGUGUACAAAGCAGCACAUAUGUUUCGGUGUCCAGUGGGAAAAAGCUUUACCAGGUGAGAGUCGCUCAAUGUGGAUGACGAGUCCCCACGUCCCUCCCCCCCGUACGGUGUCCUGGUUUUGACAAACGCAAAUCUGGUCACACUAACCUGUAUUCCACUGAAUCAUGUCUUUUAAUCCGACAGAAAUUGAACCACAUCAGCGACACAAGAGCUGUAGUUUUAUCUUCGCUUAGUUUAUGCAAAUUAGCGAUGCGGUUUUAAGUUUAGUUUCUGUGAGAGUUGCGCCUGAAAUGACCCAAAUCUGACUUUUUUCAACCCAAUGUGACCUGUUUCUGAUCUUUUAAUGACAGUCUGAAUGACACAGAUCUGAUUUUUUUCAAAUGCGACACAGGACACUUGGAUAUGUGGUCCUAAAACUGAUACAUAUCUGAUCUUUUGACAUGUGACUUCAGUCUGAACAGUCAGGUCACAUUCAUCCCACCUACACGUCAGGCUCAGAAUCUCAUCAAUGGAGGGAAAGCGAGGUUAGCGAGUUUAUUCAUAUUUGUGGGGGUUUACCUGGUUCAGUUCUGGGUUAA